AUGAAAACGUUUCAUUUUGUCUUGUUGUUGUGUUUAUCAAUAUAUGUUGAAGGAAUUAGGAAAAAUGAAUGUGGGAAAAAACAAAAGAGUUUAAUAAAAACAGCGAAAAAAAAGAUAGUGCGAUACACGACGAGGUAUAAAAAGUCCUUAAGACUUAAAGAAGAGCAAGUUCUUGGUAGAUAUGAAGUAAAAGCGUAUUUUUUUUUUGAUGAUUCUUUUGAAAAAAGAUUUAAAUGGAACUUGUAUUAUAAAUUCUGCAAAUCAAAUACACCAAGUAUUUGUAAUUAUAUGAAAUUAAGAAAACAAUUUGAGGAAUGGUAUGAUGAUAAAUCUUUUUCCAUAAAAAAAUACAUGUCAGAUGUUACAUUAAUAUUUAAUCAGUUUCGUAGCAAAUAUUCUAUACUACAAUUUGAUAUAAAGCUAGAACCUCACAAUGUUCUUAAAAUAUCCAAAGUUCCAAAUUUAUCGGAUGUUCUUAUGAAUUCACUACAAAAUUUGUUCAUUAGAAAAAAAUUGAAACCACCAUCUGAUGUUCCUUCUUGGAGAUUAACUUUUAAUUACUUAACAGGAGUGAAGAAACUGGUGGUUAAGGUUCCUUCGCAGGUUCCCGCCUUGAACUUUUACUUUUUUUUCGUUAUCUCAGCGUACAAAUAUUAUUAUUCGAACCUGUUUACAAGUAUCGGAGAUAUUUAUUUUAAAUACGAAUGGGGAAUUAAAAAAUACAAUGUAGGAUACUUCACCAUGAAUACAAUGUAA